GCCCAGCCCCAACCGAUGGCGGGGGUGGCGCCUGCGGGCCGUGCUACCGCCCUGGGCCGCCAUUGCCAGGCCUCUCGCUCCGCGCCGCGGAGCUCCCUCGCCUCGCCUCGCCGAGCAGAGCGGGGCAGCCGGGCUGACGGGGCUGCCCCUGACCGAGCUCGCAUCCCCCCCACCGCCAGGCAAGUCUCUGGCCGGCCCGGCCCGCGUCGCCGACCUCCAGGCCCGGGGGCCCGGGGGGGGGCCUGAGCUGGGGCCUCCCACGCCCGCGUCCGGGAGAACCACUUCCACUUCCCAGGCCCAGAGGCUCCCGUGGGCACGAUCGUGAGCCUCCAGGUUUCCGAGGCCCCUCUGGUCCCAGCCGGGCUUCUCUCCGCCUUCCCGAGGAGCCUGGCCAGAGCGCACGGUCCACAAACGCUGCACCUGACGGCUGCCCCACCCCAGCAGGAGAAGUGGACAUGAGGUUGGCAGGUCCCCUCCGCAUCGUGGCCCUGGUCAUCACCGUGGGCCUCACCUGGCUCGUAGCCAGCAUCCUCCUCGGUGGGCCUGGCGGUGGCUUUCCUCGCAUCCAGCAACUCUUCGCCGGCCCAGAGAGCUCAGUGACUGCAGAGCCGAGGGCCAGGAAGUACAAAUGCGGCCUGCCUCAGCCGUGUCCCGAGGAGCACCUGGCCUUCCGCAUGGUCAGCGGGGCUGCCAACGUCAUUGGACCCAAGAUCUGCCUGGAGGACAGGAUGCUCAUGAGCAGUGUCAAGGACAACGUGGGCCGGGGACUGAACAUCGCCCUGGUGAAUGGGGUAAGCGGAGAGCUCAUCGAGGCCCGCGCCUUCGACAUGUGGGCGGGAGAUGUCAAUGAUCUACUGAAGUUUAUCCGGCCGCUGCAUGAAGGCACCCUGGUGUUUGUGGCUUCCUACGAUGACCCAGCCACCAAGAUGAAUGAAGAGACCAGGAAGCUUUUCAGCGAUCUGGGCAGCAAGAAUGUCAAGGACCUGGCCUUCCGGGACAGCUGGGUGUUUGUAGGGGCCAAGGGUGUGCAGAACAAGAGCCCCUUUGAGCAGCACGUGAAGAACAGUAAGCACACCAAUAAGUACGAAGGCUGGCCUGAGGCACUGGAGAUGGAAGGCUGCAUCCCCAGGAGGACCACGGCCAGCUAGCGGCCAAGCUCGAGGACCAGACUAAGUGAGGCUGUGUGUACCCAGCCGGAGGAGGCGCCGGCACAGCGCUGAGGCCCGACCCCACGCCCAGCCAGGAGCGCUCCGCCCCAGCACAUCAGGGCUCCGAGGCGGUGACCAGUGACCAGACCAGGCCCAGCGGUGGGGCUGCGCUGCGGCCCCGUGGCGCUUUGUCUGGGGACCCCAGGUACCCGUCUCCUUUUCCUAAAGCUGCUCUGCUGGCCAACACCCACCCAAGUCCCAAGCGCCUGCGGCCCCAAGUCUGAUAGCAGCUGCCUGGCAGGUCGGGGCAUCUUCCGGAACCUCUCCGUCCCAGAGUGGCUCGCUGCUCUGCAGGCCAGUCCUGUUUCCAGUGUGAUUCGUUCUGCUGAGCCGAAUGUGGUGGCCACUCCUGGCGCCUGGCUGCCUCCUGCCUUGCUCUCGCGGGAAGGGGUGACCGCCUGGGAACCAGGCCGGCCGGGCAGUGAGGUCGCCAGCCCGAUGGCAGUUCCUAGCGCGGCGGGUGGCAGCUCCUGCGGUUUGUCUGUCAGAGGGCCCGCUUUCUAAAUGACGUCUUAAUAAACUGGUGGCCCCCGAUGGAAUGAGGUGCAUUCAGAGGGGAGUUGGGGGGUGGUGUCCUUGAGAUGUGACUCAGGUGGUGAGCAGAGGGGCUCCCCCGCGGGCAUCCCUGUAGCGUUGCCCUUAGACACGGCACAGGCCUAUAGGGACCGGGAUGGGGAUUAAAGCCAACCCAGGAGCUUCCCCCUCCCCCCGGCCUCCCGCAGGAGCUCGUGUGUCUCCCCCGCAGUGCUCAGUGUUAGAUGCCUUUGAAAUCAGGCCAGCAAGAGGCCGAGUCACGAGGGCUAUUUGGCAUUUCUCGCAGAUUGCAGUUAUAUUUCCCUGCAAGGGGUGAGAACCAGCAAGAAACUGUAAGGAGUUUUCUGGAAAAGCACAUGAGGGUGCAGAAAUGGUCUGGGGUCACAAAAAGGAGAGAAGGUGGUUGGGACUUCCCAGACAGAGGAAUCGGGGCGCCAGCCAGGUAGGCUCAAGGGGGCCGUGGCGGGGGCGGUGGACUCGCAGGUCCCCCCUCUAGGGCUUAGGUGCUGCGAGAGUGUGAACACGGCAUCAGGAAAUGAAAGUAUUUAAGGAGGUGGCAGAAGAGGAGAGAGAGGCGAGGGGCGGCCCAGGAGGAGAAGCUGUGGUUGUGAGGCCAUAGCCAUGGCUGCGAAGGAUCAGGAAGUGGAGACGUGAGGAGGGCCCGGAUUGCUUACCUGGGAGACGGUGUUCACAGAAGCUGAAACGCAGCCUGACCCUGUGCCGAGAGCUUUACGUGUCUUCAUUUUUAAAUAGACUUCCUGUUUUAGAGCAGUUUUAGGUUCCCAGCAAAGUUGAGCAGAAAGUCCAGAGCUCCCGCAUACCCAGCCUCCACUGACACGCCAUCAGCACCCGCAGCCCAGGGUGGGCACCAGGGCCGCCUCUUGGCGUCGUACAGUCUGUGCGUUUGGCAGUGUUUAUAAUGACGAGUACUUACCACUA